GGAGGCAGCGAAACUGGGACCGGUGCGUCGUGGAGGAGCUGAUUUCUCCAAGUGGGCAGUGGCAAACUGGCAAUGGCGUGCUACGCCGCUCUCCUGCACCAGCCGCCCGCCUCGCCGUCCCCGUGCACCUCAGGCCGCGCCGGCUCCUGCCGCGUCCGGCCACCUCCGCUCCUCCAGCGCCGAGCCCCUCCCCUGUCCGCGCGCGCUUGGAUCUCCCCGCGCUGCUCCUACGCCGCAGCCGGAGGGAGCGCCGGAGCGGGCGCCGGGGAGCAGCCCGCGGCGGCGCUCCGGAGAGUGCUGGAGACGCCGGGCGCCCACCAGGCGCCCGCUUGCUACGAUGCGCUCAGCGCCCGCCUAGUCGAGCGCGCCGGGUUCAGGGCCUGCUUCACGAGCGGCUUCUCAAUAUCUGCUGCAAGGCUUGGAUUGCCAGAUGUUGGUCUGAUCUCCUAUGGCGAAAUGAUAGAUCAAGGGCGUUUAAUCACUGAAGCAGUGUCGAUACCUGUAAUUGGUGAUGCUGAUAAUGGUUAUGGAAACUGUAUGAAUGUCAAGAGGACAGUGAAAGGAUUUAUCAAUGCUGGUUUUGCUGGAAUUAUUCUUGAAGAUCAGGUGUCACCAAAAGCAUGUGGACAUACACAAGGAAGGAAAGUUGUCUCGAGAGAGGAAGCGAUUAUGCACAUAAAAGCUGCUGUAGAUGCCAGGAAGGAGAGUGGCUCUGACAUUGUUAUUGUGGCAAGGACAGAUUCUCGUCAAGCUUUGUCUCUUGAUGAAGCGUUAUGGAGAGCACGAGCUUUUGCUGAUGCUGGAGCAGAUGUUCUAUUCAUUGAUGCCCUUGCCUCAAGGGAAGAGAUGAUGGCGUUUUGUGCAGUUUCACCUGGAGUUCCAAAAAUGGCCAACAUGUUAGAAGGUGGUGGUAAAACUCCUAUACUGAGCCCUCUUGAACUUGAAGAAAUUGGUUACAAAAUCAUAGCCUACCCAUUAUCUCUAAUUGGGGUAUCAAUGCGUGCAAUGGAGGAUGCUCUUGUUGCUAUAAAAGGUGGCCGCAUACCUCCUCCAAGUAGCUUGCCAUCAUUUGAGGAGAUCAAGGAUACACUAGGGUUUAACCGCUAUUAUGAAGAGGAAAAGCGAUACGUUGCGUCACCAGCUCAAUCAUCCUUUGGGAGUGGUAAUUAUGAUUAUACAACUGAAGCAAGCAGUUCAGGAGACACCAAGUCGAGGACUGAGAAAUCACAAGAACCUAUUAUUGACAUACUGCCACAGCUCUAUGAUCCUGGUUCCGCUGGAGGCAGAGGUCCUUCAAGUGGGAUGUGGUCCCGCACACUUCGAUUAAAGAUUACUGGAAGAGAUGGGGUCCAGAAAAUUGAUGCCAGGAUACCUGCUGGAUUCUUAGAAGGGAUGACAAAAGUUAUACCAGGCCUGGCUGGAACUAAUAUCAUGGAAAGGCUUCGGAACGCGCCUAUGGAUUCGGACAACCCCCAGAACGGGCAGAUACUGCUUGAUUUUGAGGACGGCAUGGGAGAUAGGAUCCAGGUGUUCAUCGCGUGAGCGUGUUGUUCGUUUUUGUCGUCCCAGCAUCCGAUACUCAGACAAGCAUCUUGUUUCAGUUUAGUAGUAGAAGCAAAUGGUUGCUACUCUACUUGGUAGUUGGUAGUAGGCCCUUGCUGCCUACAUCCAGUUAUGUAAACUCUGCAUCAUACUGCAUGCGUCCAGAACUAGUCUUCCUGUAACCUUCCUUGUCUCAUGGAUUCAGAAGUUAAAUUCAAAUAAAACAAGUUAUGGAAAA